CCCCAAAGCCAUACCCAUUUUCACAGUCGAGCAGUUUUCACCAUCUUAAUUCGGGUUGAGAGAGAACCUAAAACCCCAAUUCAAUUAGCUUGGGCGUUGAUUGUGUUGGGUGUGGCGAUGCCAAGCGUUGAGACAGCAAGAAGCGACCCUGUGAUCAACUCGACGUUCAAGAGGUGGGGCAGGAGGCACCCGUUUAUCAGAUACGGACUUCCGAUGAUCUCGCUCACCGUGUUCGGUGCAGUCGGACUGGGUCAUAUGAUACAAGGCGGCAAGGACGUUGCGAAGGUGAAAGACGAUCAGGAAUGGGAGAUAAUUGAGACAAGAAAAGCACUUUCGAGAACAGGGCCGGUGGACGCCUACAACCCAAAAAAGACAUCGCUCGAGGAAGAGCUCAAGGCUUUGCAAGAGAAGGUGGACAUAAACAACUACGACUACAAGAAAAUCCCGCGUCCAAAUGAAGGCAAAUCAGCCUAAAGGCCGAGUCUUUAAGUCUUGUGCAAUUUCUCUGUGUUGUUGUGUGGCAUUUGAGCUUAUGCCAUUAUGUAAUUUUUGUAGGUUUUGUAAUGACUGACUAACUCUGUUUUUUUGUUGGGUUUAAUCUGGUUUAAGGGAAUUUACGUUUUGAUUAAUAAAAAAUUGGCACCAUGUUUGAUGUU